CGAUCACUUGUUGCAUCCAGUGACUGAUUUAUUCAUGUCGAAAUAUGUUUGGCCCAUCUGUGAAGUUUAAAUCAUCAUUUUAGGGAUAACGGCGAGUAGCCGAGUUAUUUAAUUAUGUCUAAAUUUACAUAUUGAACGCUCUUUUGGAGUAUAAUGAAGCAAGUGGAAAUCAAAUAGGGCGCAGUCGCAACUAGGGCGGCUUAAAAGGUGGUAGUACGAAGUGUACUGGUAAUCAAUGGCGAAACAUGGUACACGUUAAAUCACGGGAAAUUAGUUAAGGAUUGCAAUGUGUUCGUGAUAAGUUUACAAUGAAAUUCGUAAUACGAUGUAGUGUUUUAAUUUUAUUGUACGAUUGAACCGUUCAACAAACUUUUUGUUGACACGCAAAGACAAUGACGUCUGUACUGUGUUUAUUUUAAAGAAAGUGAACCGAUGGAUUGGUAAUAAGAUAAAACAAUAAAUACAACGACAAUAAAUUUGCUAUGACAGUGCAUGUGAUGCAGAACUUAGUAAAUAGUUAACAAUGAAUACACCGAGUUCAAAGCAUGUCGUAACUUUCGACGAACGAUGUAAGGAAGGUAAGUCAAGAACAAACUUAAGCAUGGGUAGCAGAGGAGUCGGGGACAUUCCAACAAUAUUUCAUCCUCAACAAACUCAUACUUCAAAUAUCAUUCUUGGUGACAAUCAACAGAACCAUGGUCCUCAAAGCAGUAUUGGUCAAGUUACUCAUGAUAAUACUGGGUGUGAGCAGCAACAAGGAUGUAGCGUUACCGUUAGCUGCGGUGACUCAACGCCAAGUUGCCGCCCUUUGGAUACAAGCGGAAGUGGAGGAAUUGCUGAAGGAACUGGUGCUAGUCAAGGGCAUAAUGCGAGUCAAAUCCAAGUUCAGCAGCACAUUUCAACUCCUUCUGUUACUUAUCAACAAAGGCCCAAUUCUCUCUCAGCUUGUUAUGCAUCCUGCUGUGCAGAAUCAGCAAAGAAGAUAUAUUUUGGAGUAUGUGUAACCAUAUGUGUCACAGCAAGUUGGGUUGGUGCAACGCAUUGUAUUAAAUAUUUAUAUUUUUACAAACUUGAAAGUCCGAGUUAUUUAUCAUCUUCGAACUCAUCGGUAACGGGAACGCAUCAGCAACAUACGGUUCCAUAUAAUGCGCCCUUCUUCACAACGUGGUUCUGUACAAAUUGGGAGAUUCUUUACUACCCUAUUUAUUUCAUUUGUCAAGCUGCGAGAAUAAAAUGUAACACUCCGUCAGAAAUAAUCGCAGAAAAUUUGCGUGGAUUCCGAGAUAAAGGUUUCACCGGUGGUCGUUUUUUGAUCAGAUGUAGCCUCUUCUGUGGACUUUGGGUGGUCACGAAUUAUAUGUAUAUUUAUUCGCUCAGGAUAUUGUUAGCUACUGAUGUGAUGGCCCUGUUUGCGACAAACGUAUCCUGCGUUUAUUUAUUAUCAUGGGUUAUCCUUCAUGAGCAAUUUGUUGGUGUAAGGAUAGUAGCAGUAAUUUUAUGCAACACUGGGAUUGCACUUUUAGCGUACAUGGAUGGAAUAACUGGCAGUCCGACAUUAGGGGGUGUUGUUCUAGCAACAUCUGCAGCAGCUGGUUCUGCUGUUUAUAAGGUGCUGUUUAAGAAAGUUAUAGGAGAAACAACAUUCGGACAAAUGUCUCUAUUCUUUUCACUUAUCGGAUUGUGUAAUGCCGCACUACUAUGGCCGGUCUGUUUAGCCCUGUACUUUACGGGAGCCGAGAGUGUACAUUGGGAACGAUUACCAUGGACAGCAUUACUUUUAGCGAGCAUUCUUCAUUUAGUUGCAAACAUGCUUGGUAACUUCAGUAUUGCUCUAACGUAUGACUUAUUCAUUACCCUGGGAUUGAUCACAGCUGUACCUGUAUCAGCUGCGCUAGACGUUGUUUUAUACGGAGCCCACUUUGUGGGCAUGAAAUUGGCAGGGAUGAUUUUUAUAGCGGUUGGCUUCUUCCUUGUAAUGUUCCCGGAUAAUUGGCCUGACUACAUAACCAGAUUACUUCGGAGUUGUCUUCAUCCUAAACAACUGAAAAACAGUCAACCAACACUAACGUCAUCCAUACACCAGCAGAGUUUCAAACAAUUCCCAUACAAAUACACUUGCAAGGACUACUGGCAACUUCUCAUCCCAAGGACUACACUCAACCACUAAAGCCUCCUAAGAACAAAAAUCUCAUUUCACCUGUUCAUUUCAUUUCAAGAAGCCUUCCAGGUUGCACCACGAUUAUCCGGUCGCACCUUUCAAUUUGGAAAGAAGAGUCUAUAGAGUCAGAAAGAGAUCAGCUGCAAGAUGUAAGAGAGACGCGUGCCAAGUUUUUCAUUCUUAACGGGAACGACGAGCACGAAAAAAAAAAGAAAAUGUGUAGAAUAAGUAUUUAGUAAUCUGUAAAACAAAUAACACCUCACGACGCCGCCGAAAAGAAGCCGCACACUGGUCCUUGUGGGGAAUAAUGGGAAUACUUAUGAAAGCCUGGGAUUGAUAUACGCAGUACCACGGGCACCCAGCAGCACAGGAGCACUGUUGCUAGAAGCCGGUACUCGUCAAUGCAGCAACGUCAAUGUCGGUUGCGAAGCUACGGCGUUUCGUCGGCGCAUGGCGACGGGCAAAUGCUGCUACCGAUUAACAACAUAAACAGCAAUCAGGGUAACAGCAACCAAGCGGCCGGUGAACCGACGGCGGCGACGGCCACCCCGAACCUAACACACCGGCACAGUAACUCGUCCCAACAGAACAACACGGCUUACGAACCCCAACCUCGACGUGUCCCUACUUCCAUUUCGUAUACGACCUCGACCUCAACCCCGCUAUCGACCCCGAUCUCAACCUCAAUCGCGACCUCAACCUCAACCACGACGAAAAAUCAUCAACGUUCCCAUCUUCCUGGCCUUCAGAGGCAAUAACAAGGUAUGAGCGUACUAACGACACCAAGGAAAGACUAAGGAUUUAGGGUUGAAUUAUUUGUUUACACAGUUGUUUUGGAUGAUUUAUUUAUUUUUUUUAGAAAUUAUGUCAGAGGAGAAAUGUUCCAUGUUGAAGGAUGUUUGCGAAUAAGUUUGUUUAUGGUGUUAUAGAGGGAAGGAAUAAUAUGGUUAUAUUUUGCGGUGGGAUGGAGAAGUCUCUCCCUUAGUCUUUCUAGGUUUAAGGACGCGAAACAAGGAUCCGAGUUUGCUUACGAAUCAACUGAUAAGAAGCCCCGAUUUAACUUCCUAAAGCUCCUCUCGUUCAAACCUGUUGUUAAUGAUCGAGGGAAGUUUUGUCUUAUCAGUUUAACGUCGAAGUAAAUACUAAAUUCGGUUGAAGUUUGUGCAGUGAGUAAUUUGGCAGUGUGUAAUUCACGAGUCUCUUUCGAUGCCCUCGAGAAGGUCAGCUUUUAUUAAGAACGAUAUUUCCUGUUUUCUUCUUCUUCUUCUUUUGUUUUCAAUACAGGUGUACGAAUAAUCAUUCUUUUAGCUUGAAUUUUUCGUGACGACGAAGGUAAUACUGAGUUUAGAUUGAACCUCUGUGUUUGUGUUACUGUAACCACUUUAUUAUUGAUCACUGAUCGAGCAAUAACAGGACGAAUAAGUGUAUAAUGUUGAUUUACCGUAGAGUAUGUUGAAUUACUAUGGAAUUGUUUAAACGAUGUGAUUAUUAUUAACGGAGUAUUUAUCUUCUGGAUUCCUAUAAUGGUAGAUAAAGAACUGUGCUUGUAAAAGCAAAGAUAACUCUCGUACCGAAGGAAGAGAAAAUAUUCUAGAAUUAAAGUUGUGAAUUUAAAUGAAUUGCUUUUACAAGAUGAACUGAAGUAGUACAUAACUAGAUGAGACCUUGUAAAAUUGUACAGAAUUCUAGUACGUAUACCACCCUUAUGUUUUAGAAUUGCAGAUACUGAAUUGCUGGUUUAGUGCUACCUUGCGUUUCCGGUUCUAACAUAACAGAAUAUCUUUUUAUAUGCAUUUGUCUCGCUAGUACCUACAGUAUGCCUGCGUUAAGGAAUGACUUUAGAAAUUGUUUACCUAAUGUAACUUGACCGUCUGUUUACUUGUAGUUUUAAUACAUAUAUAAGUCCGUUAGCGUCCUCCUGUUACGUCGUUUCGGGUAUCGAGCAAUUAUCUGUCUUUUAUACAUUACGUAUUUUAUGGAAUGAAGCACUGUGACCGAUGUCAUGCUGCUCUGUGUCUCGUAAAAUCAUUCGUGUUACCAGCUAAGUUCAUGAUUUCAGAAAUACCUCCAGAAAUUUGCGGACUAUUCCAGAGAAAACGAAGGAAUUCUGGAAGCAAAUAACAUUAAAGGUGAAAGGAAUUCGAGCUACUAUUUUCUCAUCUUCUUUAGUUACCUUUAGUUUUGCAAACUUUCACCAGAACAAAGUGCACGAAGUAAGUAUGUUUUCAAUUAAGGAAUAAUCCGCAAAUUUCUAAGGAGAAAACUGUUUCACGUGAGAUACCGUUCCCUCUGAAUAUUUUUCGAUCUUGCCGGUUAACACUGAAAGAAAAACAAACGUGAGGCAAUGUAAUUAUUUGCAUGCAGUCGAAACUCUUAAAUUAAGGAAACCUUCGAGGAGCAUAAUUGACCUGACGUCUAA